CUGCCGUUUCCCUCGGUUUAUUGGAACAGUGGCGUCCUUGAUGCUGGUCAUAUGACCAGCAUCGAACUUUGUUCAGUUCUUGAGGUCACGGCUUUAGGACUCAGGCAGCCAGAUCGAAGGUCAUUGUAGGACGCCAUCAUUCCAGCAGAGGUCUCGAGAAACCAUGGCAACCAACACACAAAAGCCCGUUGCCCUGGUAACGGGAGGCGGGAGCGGCAUCGGCCGUGCCACGGCGGUCAGGUUUGCUGAGCUCGGGUACAGCUGUGUGGUGGCUGAUAUCGACGAGCAGAGCGCCAAGGAGACACUGGGCAUGCUCCAAACUCCGGGCAUCGCCGUCCAGGUGGACGUUUCCAAGGCGACAAGCGUGGAAGCCAUGGUAACCGCGGCUGUUCAGCGCUUCGGGCGGAUCGACUGCGCCUUUAACGGUGCCGGGACUGAUGGAUCGUACGCCAAAAUCGCUGAUCACCCAGAGGAGGAGUUCGACCGUAUCAUGUCUCUGAACGCCAAGGGCGUGUGGCUGUGUCUGAAGUACGAGAUCGCCCAGAUGCUGCAGCAGGAGCCCGUCGUGAGCGACCCGGCUAGAUGGGCCGACAAGCCGGACGUGUGCCGCUUCUGUGGGAUGCGGGGCAGCAUCGUCAACGCCAGUAGUAUAGCCGGUCUGGUUGGCCUCGAGUACAACAGUCCCUACUGCGCAUCGAAGUGGGCCGUCCUGGGGAUCACCGAGACAGCCGCAGCGGAGUACGCCAAGGACGGGAUACGUGUGAACGCCGUCUGUCCAGCGGCGACCGAUACUCCCAUGCUGGAUCGAGCCAAAGAAAAGUUUCCACCAGCUAUUCGCGUGCAAGCAGAUCCAGAGCGGUUCCCUUUCGGUCGCAUCGCAGCGCCCGAGGAGAUUGCAGAGGCCGUGUGCUGGCUGUGCAGCGACGCCUGUCCGUUCACUACAGGAGAGCACCUGAAAAUCACAGGGGGUCUGUGAAGCUAAGGUUACUAUAUAAAGCUGGUCUGUGCAACACACAAGAUCUCAAUGUCAAGGAUUUUGUGGAGCCCCUCCUGCAGGAAGAUCGCCCAUGGACUCCUUUGCAUCACACUGCAUGUGAACAAAUAAAAGUUUAUGAAACA